CAAAUACCACUGUCAUUGACCCUUAUGCUAGUAGGAAAAAGGAUAAGCGAGAGAGAAAGGGAGAGAGGGAGAGAGAGAGAAAGAAAGAGAAAAGAAACUACGUUAUUGACAAAGUUCAGGAGCGUGCAAUGUGCGAGAGAAAUGUGAAAGUGUGCAGUCCCUUCAUGGUCGGUCGCCUUUUCGAGUUAAUCUUUCCUUUGUCUCCUUUACCCUCUUUCUCUUCUUUCAUUGAUUUGUCCCAUUGUCUAUUUGUGUGUGCUCCCAUCCGUCAAUCUCCUGAUCUUUUCCCGUCUUAGCUUACAAACUGCACACAUCAAAGACAGACCACCACCUACUAUUCCUGGAUAUAAAUACAGCAGACGGCAAAUGGGUAUCUUUUCAAAACCCACGACGACUUCGGUUGUCUUUGAUCCUCACGCCUUCAAGGCGGUCUUGGUCAAGGUUGUAAGAGCCUACUCCAAUAAUCGAUCUACAGUCAAGCGCUCUAUCUGGAUCACCAUUCUCGUCACCCUCGCCUUUCGUAUCCAUGGCAUGGCAACAAACAAGCCCAAGAAGGACAGCAAGAAGUCCGGUCUUAUCAAGGGCGAUAAAAAGAAUACUAAAGUAGCUGUUGAUCGGGUCUUCUUCGAACGAUUUAUGAGGCUCCUGCGCUUGGUCAUUCCAGGGUGGCGAUCUAAAGAAUUUUGGCUAUUAAUUGUCCAUUCAGGAUUCUUGGUCUUUAGAACCAUGCUUUCCGUGUACAUUGCUGCCCUCGAUGGAAGGAUCGUCAGUGCUUUGGUCCGUGGUCAAGCCAAAGACUUUAUGGUGGGUCUUCUCUGGUGGAUGACCGUGGCUGUACCUGCCACUUAUACCAACAGCAUGUUGACGUAUAUGCAAAGCAAGCUGGCCAUCCAGUUCCGUACACGUCUCACGAACCACAUUCAUGAGCAAUACCUCACUGACAUGACCUUUUACGCCAUCGGCAAUCUGGACGACCGUAUCAAGAACGCAGAUCAGUGCAUCACAGUGGAUGUCAACAAAUUCUGCACAUCUUUAUCGGAACUCUAUUCCAACUUAGCCAAGCCUAUCCUCGAUGUUAUUAUUUACAAUGUUCAGCUCUCUAAGAGCGUUGGGGGCGAAGGAUUAUUCGGUGUCAGCGCACUACUUCACGCCUCGGCCUUGGUGCUCCGGGCAUUGACUCCUCCAUUUGGCAAGAUGGUAGCGGAGGAGCAGCGCCUUGAGGGUGAGUUCCGCUUCACACACUCACGAGUGAUCGAAAACGCUGAGGAGAUUGCACUCUUUGGAGGACAUGACGUCGAGAAGGCGAUCCUGGACAGAAACUACUUUGCAUUGAUCAAGCACGUCAACCGCAUCUUCCGCAUGCGUGUCUGGCACGGCAUGCUCGAAGACUUUAUCAUCAAGUACUUCUGGGGCGCCAUGGGUCUUGUCAUUUGUUCCAUCCCUGUCUUCUUCAAGCUUCCUGGUCAGAGUGGGGGGGCUGAUAUUGGAGGCCGUACCGAAGGCUUCAUCACAAAUAGGCGUAUGUUACUAAGCUCUUCGGACGCAUUCGGACGCAUCAUGUACUCAUACAAAGAAGUGACUGAGCUGGCUGGCUAUACCGCCCGUGUGUCUGAACUGUUGGACGUCUUUGAGGAUGUAAAGGCAGGUCGUUUUGAGAAGAGACUGGUUUCCUCAGCAUCAACGGACGAGAACGCUAGGGUGCUCUCGGGUCGUGGCGACGUGGUCGAGGAUGACACCAUUGAGUUUACAGAUGUCCCUAUUGUGUCACCCAACGGCGAUGUUUUACUCAAGAAGUUGUCUUUCUAUGUCAAGCCUGGCAUGCAUCUGUUGAUCGUCGGUCCUAACGGUUGUGGCAAGAGUAGUUUGUUCCGCAUUCUGGGUGGCCUUUGGCCCGUCUAUGGCGGUACUGUUCACCGCCCACACCCUAAGAAUAUAUUCUAUAUUCCUCAGCGCCCAUACCUAUCCCUUGGAACACUACGUGAUCAGAUCAUCUAUCCUGGCACUGUAGAGGACAUGAAAGCUAAUGGAUACACAGAUCAAGAUUUGCAAGAGAUUCUUGAAGUUGUUCAGUUAAAUAACAUUGUCGAACGCGAAGGCGGAUGGGGCCGUGAGCGCGAGUGGCGCGAUGCCCUUUCAGGAGGCGACAAGCAGCGUAUUGCUAUGGCCCGUCUCUACUAUCAUCGUCCUCGCUAUGCUAUUCUUGAUGAGUGCACAAGCGCAGUGAGCAUGGAGGUUGAAAAGAUCAUGUAUACCCACUGCAUGAAACUCGGAAUUUCUCUCCUAACAGUAUCUCAUCGUCCUUCCUUAUGGCAAUACCACAACUACAUUCUCCAAUAUGAUGGUCAGGGUGGCUAUGUCUUCACCAAGCUAGAUGCUGAGCGCCGGCUUGCUCUCCAGGAGGAGCGUCAGGUACUGGAGCACAAGCUGGCCGAGAUUCCCAAAAUUGAGCAACGUUUGGAAGAUCUCCGUAACCUGAUGAUGGAACGUGGCUCUGGUAAAGCUACUGAUGAGGCUCAAGAGUCCUCUACACACGCAUAAAACGUCAUAUCCAGUGUGUAUUUCGGAUUUUUCUAUUGAUUAGAUGAAAACAAUUAGUCGUUUCCUCUUUUCCUCUCCUUCUGCUUUUCUAACCCCUUGUUCAUUAGCCAUAGAAAUAAAACUUUGUUGAAUGAUGCAAUGCUUG